UAGAAAUUCAAGUUAAUUAAUUUGGAUAUGGUUUGGCAUGAUAAGAAUUUUGUGAGAUUUUCUAAACUUCAUGAUUUUAAUCUUGUUAUGCUUGCGAAAUAAAUUUGGUGACUUUUAUGGCGUGAGAAUUCUCUUGUGCGCAAAAUCUUUUCGGAACGGUAUUUGAAGCUCUUUUUUAGAAGCAAAGAUGUGUAGUAACUCAAAUUUGAGAAAUUUAGGAAAACUACUCAAAAUUUCAACAUAUUUGUAAAAUAUACCUCACCUCUAAAAAGUUAGAAGAAUUACUCUCCGUUUUUCAUCUUUAUAUUUUUACUCUAAUGAGAUUAUAAUUUAAUUAUUUACUCUGAAUUUUGUCUUAUAAUACUCUAUAAUUAUUUUCUCUUUAUUUUUUACUCUUCUUCCUAUUUCUCCUUUUUCCCAUCUUCUCAUGGUUAUUUCACAGAACACCACCGCCAUCAUCCGUUCUACAACCCUUACCCGCUCGACUUGUUGACCCGUUUUAGAUCCACAUAAGCAGACUCGACAUUUGCUGCUUGCUUCUCCAGUCCUUUGCCGGAGAAACCCAAUUUGUGCCCUUUUUUUACCGUUAUCUACUACCGCUGUUCAUUAUUGCUUUUUGUAGUUGAGCUUACACUAACAGCGUCGCUUUUGGUUUUUAUUUGCCAAACUUGUGCUUUGACGGUUGCAGAGAUGGUUUUCCUAGUCGGCGUCAACAAUGAUCAAGAAGCAAUUUUUUAAUCGAUUUUUAGGGUUUCUUUUUGAUUUCAUAUUGUUUAGAGUGAAUUGAAUUGGUUAAUUUCAUAUAUGGAGAUGUCAUAGUUAAUUUCAUAAGUAUUAUUUAGAAAAUAGUAAUAAUUUCAUGAUACCAAUUGUAAUUUUAAACUUGUUCCUCAAGUGACAAGCAGUGCAGUGAAGAUGCGGCUGCAUGUGUGAUUUACCUAGCAGAAUAUUUUUUUUUCUGGGUUUGAUGAGAAAUUCUUAAUAUUAAACAAGUGAAAGUUUUCCUAGUUUUUUAUUUUGCCUGAGAAUAAUGAUUUGUGUGUAAACAUUGCCUGAGAAUAUGAUGAGUUGUUAACAGAAUUUAAAAUGAGAGAAAGGGUUCCAGUUUUACAGGUUAAUGUUGAGAUGUUAAGGCAUGCUUCAAAAAUAUACACUCCUGCUGUAUAUAAAAUGUUCCAAGAUGAGUAUAUGAAGGUUUUGGAUUGUGUUAUGCACAGAGUUGACAAAUCUGAAUUUGUUACUAGUUACAAGGUUCAAUGUGGUAAAAAGGAUCAAGAGCACUUGGUUUCUUUAGAAAUGUCAACAAGAACUGUUAAGUGUAGUUGUAUGAAAUUUACUUUUGUAGGAAUUUUAUGCGCGCAUGCUCUGAAAGUUCUUAAUAAGAAAAAUAUCAAACAGAUUCCGCCACAGUACAUCAUGAAGAGAUGGACAAGAGAUGCAAAAGUUGGAACGAUUAAGGACAAUUAUAGUAUUGGGGUUGGAAGUACUCCGCAAGAGUUGAUAGGAAAAAGAUAUUCAUCUAUGAGUCAUAAUUUUCGAGAAAUAUUAACACUUGCAUCAGAAAGUGAGGAUAUGUAUGAACAUGCAUGUGAAGAUUUCAUAAAAUUAUUGAAGAAUUUACAGGAAAUGAAGAUAAGUAGCGAUCCUGCUAGUUUAUCUAAUUCAAAAGAUGAUAAAAUAUCUUCUUCAGUUAUAUGUGAAGUCAAGACAAAAGCAACAGUUGGACGUCCAAGCAAAAGAAUUAAAGGUGCUUUAGAAAAAAGAAAAAAGAUCAAACAACCCAAAUUGCAGGUUGAGAAUAGCCCUGACAUCUUUAUUGAACAAAAUAAAUUGGAUGCUGAAUUACAAAUAUCAGAAAAUAUGACUCAGGAGAUGGCCGAACAUUUAUCACAGAAUGCUACGUCUUAUACAUUUUCUAAUUCGGAUACUUUUUCAUUCACUCAACUUCUUUAGGUAAUUUGACAAUUUAAAAA